AAAUCGAACAGGAAUCUCAGGUCCUCGGGGGCGGCGGCGGCGCGAAGGACAGCAUUUUUGACAUUAACAGAGAACAGGACUAUGUCAAGAAUUCUGGGGGUAUACUUGGUGAAAAUGAAUUAAGACCACCCUCCCAGCUACAGUCUCUCUUAGAGAAGACCAAGACAGGGUUCAUAUCAGAAAACAUUUUUGAGACAGUGUCCUUGAGUUCAGACUCUGUCUUCCAGAGGGCAGUUUCAAUUCUCCAUACUUCUUACUUGGACUCUGCAUCUGAGCAUGGUUUUCAGUACAGUCAAGUGACUUUGGUGAAAAAUGACAUUUUCUUAAAUGAGUACAAAACCUUUUACCAAGAAAAAAAGGCAAGUAACUAUACUCAGGAAGAACUUCAAGAAACUUAUGGGUUUCUUCUGUUUGAAACUGAAAAUCAGGCAAAGUUGGUAUGUCAGCGUGGACUCUGUGUUGGCAGCAGUGCUCUUACCACUCUGGGUGAUCCAGCAAAAGGUGUAUACAUUUCCAAAUAUUCGGACUAUCUUCAUGCAAGACCAUGGUAUCAUGGGAAGUCCGGUUAUGUUGUAAUUUUUAAUCUAAUUAAGGGAAAAGUCAAGUUUGUGUCUGAGAAUUAUACAGCUAACUAUACUAGCCCAUCUUCUGGCUAUGAUUGCCACGUGGCUGCAAAUACUAACAAGGUUUCUCACAAGACGAGUCAUUUUCGCGCCUUUGAACUGAGUCAGUAUUACCUCUAUGAACUUUCAGGCAGCACUGUUAAUGAGCGACCCAGACAGAUCUGUCCUUAUGUGAUUGUAGCUUUUCAGUACAGGGAACCUAAAAAGAUGGCAGCACCAGCUCAUAAAAGCAUACUUGAACUCAGUGAAAAUGUUGUUACCUCUCCGUGGAAAGGCAAAUUAAUUAUUCAAGGCUGCCAACUGUGUGAUAUAACUCUUUGGUCCUCUUAUGGUUCAGUGGUGCCAACACAACUCCCACGUGAACUAGAUUUUAAGUAUGUAAUGAAAGUAUCAGCUUUGAAAAAAAGGCUACCAGAAGCUGCCUUUAGAAAACAGAAUUACUUGGAGCAAAAAGUCUGUUGCCAAGAUAUGUGCUUCGAUAUGUAUGAGGUGGAAUUGUCAAACAAACAAGGGGAAAAAAUAGAUAAACUAACAGAAUACAUUAAAAAUAAGCAAUUGGCAAUCAUCAAAUGCUUAGAAGAGCGGGGGUUUUUCAUUUUACUUACAUCAUCAGCCUUAAUAUCAGAAACAAAUUUUGGAGAUGAGCGAAUGGGGCUACAUGGGUUACAUUUGUUCCGUUCAUCCCCGUCUACAGGGCUGAAAGACUUGAAAGUUGAAGAUGAUGUCUCAUUGAAGGUGAUACCUAUUUUACCUGCCCUUAAUUGUGCCCUGCUAGAGGCAAAGAAAUCGUUUACUGAAGAAGGAAUCUGUCCAAACACAUUAGUAAAGCAUAAUUUCCAAGAACUGUACAAGGUGGACAAAAGUCCUUCAUUGGCUGCUUCUCAGGAGGGAAUUAAAGAUACUGCAUUCUUCGGCAAAUUGUCCAAUGGUUUUGACUUGGUUCCUCCAGCUGAAAAGUGCCCUUUACAAUCUUUAACUCAGUUGAAGUCUUAUUUUUCAGAUCCUAGUGGGUACAUUUUGGAAGUAUCGACUGCGUUAGAUUUAUUGGCAGAGCGUCCUCAAUCUCCUUAUAUUUCAGAUGGAAUUUGUGAUGCUGGAUUUUCUUUAGUUAUGACUCCAGAUCCUGAAUUUCUUGACUCAGAGGCAGAAGUAAGAAAAGAAGCUGAAACAGAGAGGAAUUCUGAAGAAAUGUUUAAAGCAAGGCAGAGAGCUGUGGUUCCUUUAAGUCCAGCAUCCAAUCUGAGAGUUCGGCCUAAGAGAAAGGCGAGCAUGCCGCCCGGGGUACAGAGUAAAAGGGUGAACUUGUGCCGUCCCUUCCCCAAAAGAACUCCUGCUGGAGCAAACAAGUGUUCAGACUCUCCAGCCACUCUCAAAUUAGUUAAAGGACAGUUUCCUCAGAAAAGAAAACGAGGUGCUGAAGUGCUGGCUGCACAGUUUGUACAGACAACCAAAUUGGAUAGGAAAAACCAAGACGCUCCUAUUUCUAAAGAUGUUCCAGUGGCAACGAAUGCUAAAAGGGCAAAGAAGCCAGAGAAAUCUGCAGUCAAAACUGUUUCAAGGGCUAAGCCACCCGUGAAGAAAUCUCCACAAAAACAGAGGGUAAAUAUAGUAAAAGGCAAUCAGAAUCCCAGAAUCAGAAAGCAGCCACAACCUGCCAGAGGAGAAACUGCUUCACAGCUUCAAUCAGAAAUUUCAUCAGAUGGUCGUGAAAAUGUUAUUAGCAUAAAUACAGCUCAACCAGAAAAUAUCACAGUGGCUCAGAAAGGUUUACCUGAGAACUCCAUUGUCAACUGUGACUCCCAGGCCCUAAAUAUGUUAGCUGAUCUAGCAUUAAGUGCUGCUACCUCUACCCCACCAUCAUCUGAGCCCAGAAAGCUUCCCUGCUCCCCUGAAGUGCCAGAAAACAAUGUUUUGCUUUCUAAAGAACAUUCUUUGUGCGGUACAUCUGACCAUGAAUAUCACAGAGGAGUUAAAAAUCAAAAGGGUGGACCAUUACCUAAGCCCUCCUCUGAUAAGAAGAGUAAUCCGACAUCAGACCCCACUAUUAGCCACGAGGAAGAAUGCUUGGUUCCUGGUAGUCAGGCCCCUUUGGAAGGCCAGUUGGCACUUCCUGAGGAGAUACUAGAAACUUCGGAUUCAAGCCAAAGCUCUUUUGUUGCUGUGGAACAUUCCUAUGCCCUGUUCCUUGCAGAACAUUCAAAGAAGCAUCUACAGCAGAGAGGGGUACCAGGCCCUGCCUUUGCCAAGAACGGCACAAAAGGCCCUGAAGCAGGAACCCCAGUGGGAAAAGUAAUGCCGUUUCGGCAUCAGCAGAGCACCUCCCCUCUGCAGAAGCUUUCUGAGGACUCAUUACUCAAGCGCAAGAGCAGAUUGCUGUCCUCCAGCCUGAAAGAUUUUUACUGCUCUCAUACUGUGUUCAGCUGUGAUGGCUCCUUUAAGGUCACUUUCAAAUGUGACACAGAAUAUGUAUUCAGCUUAGACAGCAAAUAUACCAACAACCCACUGGAGAAAACCGUAAUAAGAGCAUUACAUGGGCCCUGGAACACUGAUUUACCUGAUAACGUGGAAGAAGUGAAGCUUUUACUUCAUAUGUGGGUAGCUCUGUUCUACAGCAAUCAGAACAAGGUCAUACGAUCAUCCCGAAAAGUGGUAGAACACAGCAACCCAGCAAAAUAUGUGUCUAUAAAUAGCACGUUAGAAUCUUUUGAAUUCAGUGAACUUGAGGAGCUCCCCAGCGUGGAAAGGUGUUCCGUAGACCCUCUGCUGGAGACUAAUGAAACUCCUAGAGGUCAUACUGCCGAAGUGUCCUUCCCUGACACUAACUCCUUGCUUCCUUUCAUGAAACCACCACCUGCAAGAGGCUUGGAACUCUGGGUACAGAGUGAACAGAAAGAAAUUUUUGCAAGAGAGGGUGGUCCAGAUACCCCAGAAAGCCAGAAUUUCAUCUACUCUUGUAAUAAAGAGAUAAUUGGGCGGAAGGCCGAACAAGAAUCAUCAGAUAAACUAGAGACUUCUAAUCUUGUGCUUUCUGGUAUUGGAAGCACCCAAACUAAUGGACCUUCUAUUCCUAGUGAAGAUAAAACCUUUGAGCCACUUGAUAGCACAAGAGUGACUUCUUACAAUGAUACUGUUACACAAACCACAUUCACCAAGACUUACGAUGGGAUCAGCAAUCAGUCAGUGAUUUGUCAAAAGUCUGUGUACAGCACCCUUGAAAACAAAGUUGAUAUUUUUCAUGCAACAAUGCAGACAAAACCAGGUGCUUUACAAGGCCUUAUCCAGCAUAGUAGCCCCCUAAACAAAGAAUGUCAGCCUUCAUUGGCAAGAAAGGAUGAUGUGGGGUAUGUAAUGAUUAAUCUGGAACCAGUUACUCUCACUUUUGAAAAAAAUGCUUAUGUCCCAGUACAUCCAGAAGUUUUAAAUAGAGCUGAUAAACCUACAAUCUUUAAUAUGGAGUCGAUUAAACAAAUAUCACCUCCUACAAGUCCGAGACAUUCUAUAUCCACAUUUGAAAAGGCACAAACACAAGGUCUUAGGGACAUUCCAUCUCUCGCAAUGUCAGGACAAAAAGGCACUAAGUACCUUUGUGCCUCCUCAGUAAAUAGAGAGACACUUGCUAAAGAAAUGUGUUCAUUACAGAAAGAGAUUCCUGUUCCAGGCUCAUCAUCGCCAUCUGAUAAUUCACUGGUAACGGAGGCAUUAUCAUUAGUUAAAAGUUCUAAUUAUUCGUUACCCAGAGAAGAAAUGAAACUCUCUCAAGAAUUUUUUGUGCCAGCUCGGAGUCUCUGUGGUGUAUCUUUGGAAGAGGCUAUAGAGCCAUCACAGGUUGAAGCAGCCUCAUCAUCAGCCUCUGCCACCUUGGAAAAAAAUUAUUCACUUAACUGCGUUCCAUCAAUAAGUAGUCUGUCAGAUGGCUCUUUAGAACUAAAGAAUGACAAGAGUGGUCUAAACAGUGAAAAUAUGAAUUUUGAAUCAUUUAAUUCAGCAUUUACCAAACAAACUAGCUUAUCUAUGAAUAGAGAGGAGGUCAGCCUAGAGUUAUCAGAGGAAGAUUCUGACAUUGACCUAACUCUCACAAUAUCACCACCUACAAGUCCCAGAGAAGAAAUGCCAGCUGGUGAAACAGAGCAACAUCAGGAGGCCCCAUUAUCAAAUUUAGAACUUCAGGAUAUGGCUGAAGAAAUAAUUGAGCCAGAAGAGGUGACUUUCGUAGAAAACAGAGAAGUGAAUUCUGCUAAUUAUACAUCAGUGUAUCCUACAGUGUCAGAGAAGCCAUUAGAAAAUGAGGAGAGAAAAGGUGAUCAUUUACAAACAGUUACUUUAAUACUUGCUAAAGAAACUUGUGCCCUUGAGAUUGCAGAGGAAGUUAAUGUUAGCUCAGACUUUCCCUUUGGUUCUUUAAUUGAAGAAGUGUCACCAGCUUCUAGUCCUGACCCCCAAGUACCAGUUGAAGAAACACAACCAUCUCAGGCUGUGUCUCUCUGUAGUUUAAAACUUCCUCAUACACAGUGUGAGAAAAGUGACAGAUUCUCCCAGAUUGAGUCAGUAGAUUUGGCCAUAACAGAAAAAGAAAGUUCUUUUGUUGGUCCUACCCAUCCAGUGGGACAAGAUGACUUAACUCAGGUACAGCAGAUGCAGCUUCCUCCUGAGACACCUCUAGCAUUAAAUAAUCAUCCAGCAAGAAGAGAUAGACAUUUAACCCUUCCUGGUAAAGUAACUGAGGAAGUUGUCCCAAAUGAGCAUGAUGAGGGUUUCUCUCUCUCAGAAAAGGUGCCACACUGUGAUACAGAGUUAGAUCAGCCCACCUCAGCUGCCAGUUUCAGAGACGACUUCAAGCCUUCUCUGGAAAAACUGGUAACGGGAAAUCGACUGCAGCCAAUUAGUGUAGAGAACAGAAAUUCAGACUUAAAUCAUCUUGUCUUGGAGACCAGUGAGCCUCCAUUUAGUCCUAGAAAGAUUAUUGUAAGUAAGUCUUUGGCUGACACAUUUGUUUCUACAACUGCUCCAAGUAGUUUAAUGAAUGUGUUGUUAAAAGAGCAGACUAGCCUUAAAGGCACUAAGAAAAAUCUCUUUAGCAGUGAUUUGAAAAUAGAUGAAAGCAAUUACAUGCAAGAGAAGUCCUUAAGCUCCAGUUCAGUUGAUGGAGCUGGUAUUUCGCAGGCAUACGUGCACUCAGAGAGCCCCAAACUUGCUUGUUCCUCACCCAGCGCCACGUUAACCCAUUGUACGAGAUCCAUAAAUGCAGAGGCAGGCUUUCAAACACAGGAAAUAUCAGUAGUCAGAAUGGCCAGUUUGCUUAAGAAUAGUGACACUGAAGCUGAAUUACAUGAAAAAGCCAUAGAUCUAGGAGGUCUUGGCUCUCAGUCGAACACCACAUCUCCAGAAGGCAAACAAAACAGCCACAUGCUACAAGAUAUGUCCCCAUGUGAAACCAAAGAUCUGCUGAAUGGUGGGCUUUUUCCCACAUGUUUACAUGCUGAUUCUUACCAAAAGAUAGCAGUCACUAGUGAAAAUAUCGGUAAAGAGCCUUCUGCUUCUGUUCCCAAAUCUUGUGCUCCUCUUGUUUGUGGAGUCUCUACAGAGCAGAUAGAAAAUAAGAGCGCUGGUGGGCUCAGGGCCAGGGAGGACUCUGAAACCCUGGGUGGAGACAUGGAUAUCAGUGGGAUACCCAUUAUGAAUUCUGACAUCCAUUAUGAACCACUUUCUGGAGACUCCGAUCAAGACUUUUUUGGUGACUGUAGAAAUCCCAAAUUAGAAGUGGAGGAUUCCUGCACUUUGCGAUGUAGUCACACCAAGAAAAAAGAAGGUGCUUCAAAAGAUGAUUAUGCCUCUUUCCUGGGCCUAAACAAUAGUGAUAAUGAAGACUGGGGCUACUCUAACCAGGUUCCAGGGUUGGAGACAAGCAUUCCUCCCAGAAACUGGUCUGUUGGAUUAAAGAAAGGAGAUAAGUGUGUGCCACGUUAUAUCCAAAUCAGAGAUCUCCAUGGUAUCCCCAGGACUUAUACUAAUUUCACUGUAACUAGAGAGCUCAAUGAGACCACGAGGACGUUGCACAGCCUGAGGAGGCAGCCCAGUUUCACUGCACAAUGUGGCUUGCUCAGCUCCUGGACAAAUACUUGGCAGGUGGCGGACGACCUCACCCAGAACACUUUAGACCUGGAGUAUCUCCGUUUUGCACAUAAACUAAAACAAAUUGUAAAGAAUGGAGAUUCUCAGCGUUCUGCCUCUUGCACAAGUGUCUUUCUGAAGGAGUCACCUCUCCAAAUCGCUGCUGGAGCUUUCCCUCUGACAAAACUGUCCGAGUCCCCAGUUCUAUAUCCUGCAUCCCGGAGCAGAAGUCCCCUUGUGGUAACAGUCGUGCACUCAGACACCAGACAACAGAGUCAGCACACAAGAGGCCACAUACCCAGCAAUUUGGACAGUUCUUCCUUUUGGAAAGAGAGAUGUGGUCGCAGUAGAAAUCACCUUACAAAUUCUGAAAGGAAUCAGACUGUUUCAUUCCACCUCAACAAACUGAAAUAUAACAGUACUUUGAAAGAAUCACGGAAUGACAUUUCACUUAUUCUCAAUGAAUAUGCUGAAUUUAACAAGGUGAUGAUGAAUAGCAACCAAGUUGUUUUCCAGGAUAAAGAGUCAAUUGUUGCUUCUGGAGAAGCCACAUCUCAAGAGAUGUAUUCAUCUUUCCCAAGAAGGUCAGCCUCCUAUGAAGACGUGAUUACAGACUUGUGUACCAGUUUGCAUGUGAAACUAAGAAGUGUUGUGAAAGAGGCUUGUAAAAGUACCUUCCUCUUCUACCUUGUUGAGACAGAGGACAAGUCAUUUUUCCUAAGAACAAAGAAUAUUCUGAAGAAAGGAGGCCAUACAGAAAUUGAACCUCAGCAUUUCUGUCAAGCUUUCCACAGAGAGAAUGAUACGUUAAUAGUCAUCAUCAGAAAUGAGGAUAUAUCUUCGCAUGUGCAUCAAAUUCCUUCUUUGCUGAAGCUGAAGCACUUUCCCGGUGUCGUCUUCGCUGGAGUGGACAGCCCCGAAGAUGUUCUCGAUUACACCUACCAAGAGCUGUUUCGGACAGGAGGCUUUGUGGUAUCAGAUGACAAAAUAUUAGAAACUUUAACGUUAGUUCAACUGAAGGAAAUUGUCAAAAUCCUGGAGAAACUAAACGGAAAUGGAAGAUGGAAGUGGUUGCUUCAUUACAGAGAAAAUAAAAAGCUAAAGGAAGAUGUCAGAGUGGAUUCAAUUGCACAGAAAAAGAACUUAAUAUUGAAAUCAUACCAGAGUGCAAAUAUCAUUGAAUUGCUUCAUUAUCACCAGUGUGACUCCCGGUCAUCAACAAAAGCAGAACAUUUGAAAUGUCUCCUAAACCUGCAAAUUCAGCAUAUCCAUGCCAGGUUUGCCGUUUUCCUAACAGAAAAGCCUACUGUCUCCAGAGAAGUCUUUGAAAAUAGUGGCAUCCUUGUUACAGAUGUAAAUAACUUUAUUGAAAAUAUACAAAAAGUAGCAGCUCCAUUUAGGAGUAGCUAUUGGUAAGAACACUUUUCUAACGCUCAUCUCCCAGUGCGCUGGAAUUUAGAGCAGACAUUGGCAUGUGUGUCUGUGAGGGCACCAGUUGUUCAAAAACUGUUCUUUACCUUAUACAUCAGCUGUAAAUUUAAAAUAUGUUUGUUUAUUUAGGGGUGGAAUUGCUGUUGGUUUGGCAUAAAUGGGAACUUCUGAAGUAUCACUAAUGAAAUAACCAGUCUACUCUGAGUUACCCAUUUUAUCUAAACGAUAUGCACUUUCACUUGCAGUUCAUCUAGACUGCCAAGACAGGAGAUAAUGUAACCUAAGAUGCGUAGACAUUUUCCCCAUUAGACAGCAUCCUAUUUAUAAAAUAUUUCUUGGUUAUUUUGUUUUAAAGACAGGACUACUGUCAAUUCUGUGUUUACCCAGGUGAUUCAGCUGCAGCCUGGCUAGAUAUCAAUGAUGCCAACAACAAAUUAGUAUUUUCUCUUUUCUUUGAAAAACUUUGAGGUACACGGAACAGUCUUCUCAUAUUUGGAAAAUCAAUGUUCUACAACUUGGGAGAAAGUUUUCCUUCAUUUUUUAUAAACUUUGGUAAAAUGUCUGAUUUUGUUCACAGUAGCACAGUAGUCCGUUAGCUUUGGGUUGCAGUGUUAAAUAUUGUUUUAAAUUAUUUUCAUUUUAAACAGAAUGUCUUCAAAGCUAUUAAUUGAACUUAAUGUUUACUCAAUUGUAGUAGCAAAAGAAGUCUAUUUUAACCAAUAGCUUUGUUUUUGCAUGUUAUUGUCAGGAAAGCAUACCAAAUGCACAUUAUAGUCGGCUUUAAAGGUUUUACCACCCUUGUAAAAACUAUAAACUUAUCUGCUGUUAUUCAAGCAACACUACAUAAACAUUUUUUUCCUAAGUGGUACAAAUUUAUAAACUCGUUUUUCACUUAGUUUUUGUAAAUAGUGAGUGCACUACAAAUCAACCCUCUGAGGAAGAAAUAAUCAUUUAUUUAUGAUAUUAGGAAUAAUUUCUACAGUAAUCUUUGAAACUCAAAACCAAGCAAAAAGCAUUUAUAAGAUACAUAGUAUCUAUUUGGAACAAAGGUUUUUGUAACUAAUUUGUUUCAUUUUUUUAAUAAAGACAACUAAAAAUCA